AAAUUGUAACGGAAAGUGCGCUGUCACGCAUACAUCCAGUACCUAAACUCUCAGACACAGCUCACGGUACACGUUAAUACGAAGUGUGCGUGACGGAAAGCGCUUUCACAUGCACCGCGAGCCUAGCCGCGGAGGUAGAGUCCAUUUAGAGGCGACAGCAAAGAGCACUGGGUAUCCGGGCAUGUUUCGCGUGUCGUACUCAACCGGAAGUGGGACGGAAUGUUAUCCGUAAACGGGAUCCUGACCUCGUUAAUGACCCCCUGUCAACUUGAAAUACUCCCGUCUCUCUCUGAAGCAGCCCCGUCUGAGGUCGGCGUAAUGUACAAAAUACAGCGUCUCAGCGGUACUUGCGGUCUUUGACCACUGGUGCUGGUAUUAUGUUGUGACUUGCAAAGUAUCGGAUAUCAGUUAUUCAUCGACCCUUUAUUCGCGUUGACUAAUUGAUGACAUAUCUUUGACAGGUCUUCGGGGCACGUGAGGACUUGUAUCCUGCGAUCUUCGGGCGUAAGACCAUAAACUGACCCUCUAAACAAGAUGAUUUCACCGCCGAGGUAGAACUCAUCAUGAUUUGUAUUCGGCGGAACAAGUUCGUGUUGUUUGUGUUAGUGGUAGGAGCUUGCCUGGUCGGUGUUUAUAGGCUCCAAAGUCCACCUAAACCCACGACACUUGGGCAAGACCAACUCAGCAUUCCAUCUUAUCGAGCCUUCCAGAACUAUCGUGUAAGCAGUAGCCCACCGAGUGAAAAUGAGGAUCUGGACGAUGAAGCGGACAGCCCGGAGCAAACGUUGAACGAAACGGGGACCGAUGAGAACGAAACCAAGUCUGAGAAUGAUAAUCGGGAUGAAGAUUUAAAAAAUAAAGAUGACAAAGAGGAGAGCGAGGAGGAAGAUGACGAGGGAGAACUGGGAGAUACUCUCCACUGGAUUGACCGCAUGGGUGGCGGAAAUAGCCAUCACAGCGAAAACUUGAGUGAUGACCUUGGGACCAUAGACAGCACAGAGCAUGCGCAGGAUGAUAAAAGAAAUGGCGUUACUCUUCUUAGAUUAACGGAGAAAGUUGUGUAUUCAUCGCGUGAUGUGGUUACUCCGACGACAGAGGGAGACGCAGAAAGGACGUUUUACAGAAGAGAAGUUUAUACUUCAUCUAGUAAAGUAGCAGGAGGAGGGAAUAUAUCAACACGGAACGUACUAAAAGCCACAAGAGCCCCAUUAGAAUCCCCAGGACGUCAUUUGGGGAUAACCACAGGUAGCCCACUGAAGGGAAAAGAAAGUUCACUAGCGUCCAUAGACAAGCAACAGACAACCAACACGCAACACACAACCAACACGCAACAGGCAACCGACACGCAACAGACAACCAACACGCAACAGACAUCCAACACGCAACAGACAUCCAGCACGCAACCCACAACCGACACGCAACAGACAACCAACACGCAACAGACAACCAACACGCAACAGACAUCCAACACGCAACAGACAUCCAACACGCAACAGACAACCAGCAUGCAGCACACAACCAAAACGAAACACAAAGGGGACUCACAACACACAACAAUCACGCAACACGCAGAAAAAUCACAAAACACAGCAAGUCCUCGGCACCCCACAAAUAACACAGACAAAGCCACUGAUAAAUUCGAGACCAGAAACACACCAACGUUAUCCAUAGCAACUGAACGGGCUAGGAAAGACCCGGACGAAGAGUCAGGUUUGGUAACAAGUACACGCCCUACCUAUGGUGUGAGUACUAGCACCAGGCCUACUCGGACAUCACAGAUGACCGAGAACCCUGCAGACAAUUCUGUCGCAGAAGUCCACAGCUCGACGGCAAGGUUCUACUCUCCCACACCCUCUCAGUCAAUUCUGCACGCCUGUAAGCUACCCAUACUAGACCCGUGGGACCGCUCCAUAAAGCACCUCGUCACCGACGUCGGCGUAGAUCCCGGAUGUAGGACUCGAUAUCCACAGCCUCGGUUCCAGGUUGUCAAUAACCGCUUAGUUUCAAAAACACAGGGUGACCAAUUCGAGCGCGUGUCGCUUGAGACGAUCCAUCGAGACGAUGACGACACGACAACCAUGCUGUACGACGGAGAGGUGAAGCUGAACACGACGGAAGGGGGUGGGCUCACGAGUGGACCAAUCACGAGCUCUGACUUCUUUAGAUUGACGUACAAGACGAAGGGUGGGGCGCAGGAGAGGCACUACUUCGCACGCGUGGUCCCAAACCAUGACGUCAUCGCUAAGUCGCGAGCGCUGCGUGCUGGAGUGAAGACGGGGCUUCCGCUGAAUGUGCUGCUACUCGGCUUCGACUCUACCUCGCACGCUAACUUCCAGCGCAAGAUGCCGAACACGUUACGAUUCCUGCGCCGCCAGCUAAAGACAUACGUUAUGGACGGCUAUUCGAUUGUGGGGGACGCGACCACGCCCCAGCUAACGGCGCUCCUCACGGGUCAGUUCGUAGGCGACUUACCGGAAGCAAGGCGUGGCUACUUGUUCAGUGAUCACGUGGACAAGUGGCCAUGGGUCAGCAGAGAGUUCGAGUCACGUGGGUACGUCACGUUAUACGCAGAGGACGACCCCAAGAUGUCGGCUUUCAACCUGCGGCUCAACGGGUUCAAAAAGCCCGCGUAUCACCACUACAUGCGACCCUUUUGGCUCGCGCUCGAGGAAGCUGAACUACGCGAUGAUCCCGGGCUGUGUUCAAAUGGCGUUUCCAUGGUGAAUCACACGAUGGAUUAUUUGAUGAGCUUCUUCCAUGCGUACAACAGUACUCCUAAGUUCGCGAUGGGCUUCGUGUCAUACUUAGCACAUGCGCACCCGAACCACCUGAGCUACGGUGAUUACGACGUAUUGUGCAUGCUCGAGAAGCUGGUCCAGGGCGGUUACCAUAACAACACCAUGAUCGUCUUGUUCGGAGAUCACGGAUCACGCAAUGAUGACGUCAGACUCACCAUGCAGGGUAAGCUCGAAGAGCGGUUGCCAUGGUUAUCCGUAUCGGUCCCUGAAUGGCUGGGGUCAAAAUUUCCAGAUAUUAUUGCAGCCUUGGAGCAUAACCAGCACGUGAUCAGUUCGCCCUUUGAUCUCCACGCCACGCUAAGCCACGUGCUCAAUUACCCGGAUGUUAGUACAGCCAAUGAGAAGACGAGCAGCUUCUUUUCCAAGUUCCCCGUCACACGUGCCUGCAAGGAUGCAUUAAUAGAUGAACACUGGUGCCCAUGCCUCCAAUUCAAGGCCGCUGACCACAAAAGACCCGAUAUUACUAAAGCAGCACAGGCCGCUGUGCAGCACAUCAACGCGCGGCUCAACAGUACAGACAUCCUGCGCAUGUCUUGCCAUCAAAUCACGCUGACCACUGUUCACAGCGCAGUGAGAUACGAGCCCAAUGACAAGGUCCAGCGGUUUUCCAGCACAAAUCAAGACACGGAUGACAAGGUGAAUUUCGGAGAACCAACCAACGAUGAUGCGCAUUUCCUCAUCACCAUGGAAACAGAGCCCAUGCAAGCGCUAUUUGAGGUCACGGUCAAAAUUGGCGCGGCGGGUCACGUGACAGUCAACCCAAACUUCAGUCGAGUAAACAAGUACGGAGAUCAGCCAAAAUGCAUCGUCAAAAAAUUCCCGUAUUUACGGAAAUUUUGCGUCUGCAAAAACUUUAGACCCAAGAAGGCAUAAAUUGCAAUUAGUGGAUCCACGCAUCAUGGUAAAAGAAACAAUUUAGAGAUAUACAUUUUUAAAAUCAGGUUGCGUUCAGACGGUUGACUUUAAAACUUCCGCGAUGUCAGUUUCCAUGACAUGCGACUUGUUAUUGGUUGUCGCUUGGAGACCAAUAUUGAUGUCGUGAAUUUGAGUUACAACAGGUUGCUCCAUGUCGAUGACUGCUGCCAGUCAUGGUAUGUCACGUGAUGGUCACGUGACGGGCUUUUUUUAGGUACCCGGCACGACACGUGAUGGUCACGUUACGUACUAUUUUAGGUACUCGGCAUCUUUGUGGAAUGUGGCCGCCCCAUUGCUCGGAUUGGACGCUUUGUGUUGCUUGGGAUCAUGGGAUACUUUACUCUGAAAAGAGAUGGGACAAAUAAUUGCUAUUGGGAAAAAAUGCAUUUAUAUUUACAAAAUAAUAUGAUUUUAUAAUUAUACGAAUAUUUAUUGAAAUUGAAAUAACUUUUAUACAGAUUUAUUUAGUAAAAACAUAUUUUAUAGAAA